AUGAGCCAAGAGGCCGGAAAUAGGUACGAUCCGCGACGAUUAUGUCGUAGGUGCGCACAGGAGGGGCACUUUGCCAGGGAAUGUCCCAACCCACCCGUCUUGUUCUACUGGGUAUGCGGGAACCGAGGUAGGAGUAGCCAGGAUUGUUGUCGCCGCAAGGAGGCGGGAAACGGGCAACGGCGUCGUCAGGCCAGCAGCGGGUCAGCGCCGAUACACAAGGGACCCGGACCCCCACUGAAGGUGGAAGGUGGUCGGGUCGUCGCUACGGUGGAGAUUGGCGGGCAAACGAUGCCUGCCACCAUCGAACCCGGUGCCACUCGCAGCUCCAUGAGUGAAGACUGCGUACGCAAGUGUGCGAUCCGGGGAAGAACGGAGGACGUUCAGGGGCGCAUUCGUCUGGCAGAUGGGUCCACUCUAGAGGUAGGGAAGACAUUAAGAUUAGACGCCAGCCAAGCAGGAGAGAUGAUCAGUAUGGUGAUGCUCAUCAUGCCCUCGAUGCUAUACCACGUCAUCCUAGGGAUGGAUUUCCUAGGUGCAAUGGGCACUACCAUACGCUGCGGCAAGGGGGAACUGGCUAUAGAUUCGAAGCGGGAGUGCCUGCUCGGCAGCCAGCGGAAAAGGAUACCAAGAGGGAACCGAAGGAAGGCCUCCCAGGUCAAGAAAAGGGAGCACCUGCUCGGCAACCGAUGGAAAAGGCCGAGAAAAAGGCAGCGAGAGAGGAGUCUCAGUCGGAAUGGAGCUUCACCUGGAGACGGCGUGUUGCCUGGAGGAGGCGAGACGGAAGGGGAGUCCAACAUCGAAGAGGCAGAGGCAGCUGAUCUGGACCCGGAACUGAGGGAGUUCCUGGAGUCAGAACUGGCACUCUUCGAGGGGCUUCAGGGAGUCUCGCAUAUCGCGGAGCACAGGAUCCGACUAAAGGAUGACAAGCCGCUGAAGCAGAGGUAUUACCCGAAAAAUCCGGCCAUGCAGAGGACUGGCGAGUGGCGCAUGUGCAUCGACUACCGACAACUCAAUGCGCAUUCCAUUCCGGAUGCUUAUCCUGUGCCCCGGUUUAACCACAUCUUGGAACGGUUGCGUCACGCCCGGUUCAUCUCUACUCUGGAUUUGAAGCACGGGUACUGGCAGAUACCGAUGGCAGCCGAUAGCUGGGAAAGCACGGCAUUCACAGGUCCCGGGAGAGGUCUUUUCCAAUGGCGGGUGAUGCCAUUUGGCUUGCAUUCGGCGUGUGCAACCUUUCAGCGAGCCUUGGACACGGUAAUAGGGCCGGAGAUGGAGCCACAUGCUUUCGCAUACCUAGACGAUAUCGUGGUGAUAGGGGCGACAAAGGAGCAACACGUAGAGAAUUUGAGGGAGGUAUUCCGCCGGUUAAGAGCGGCAAAUCUCAGGCUGAAUAGGAGGAAGUGCAGUUUCUUCAGGGAAAGGUUAGUCUAUCUGGGGCAUGUUAUUUGUGGAGAAGGGAUACGUACCGAUCCGGAGAAAGUGGACGCGAUACGUAACCUUACGGCCCCGACUAAUUGUAAGGAGUUGCGGCAGUGUCUUGGGAUGACUUCAUGGUACCGGCGUUUUGUUCCCAAGUUCGCGACUCAGGUGCAGCUGCUAACGGUGCUCUUAAAGAAGGGACGGUGGCCGGAUCGUCGGUACGGUGGAGAUUGGCGGGCAAACGAUGCCUGCCACCAUCGGCACUGGAGCCACUCGCAGCUUCAUGAGUGA